AAGCUCCAGCAGGCCAGGGUCAUGGGUCGCCUAGAUGAAUAUGCCAAGAAGAGAAUUGUGGAGCUUCGGAAAGCAGGGCUGAGUUUUCGCAAAAUCAAGAAGGUUCUGGAGCUUGACAAUAUCCGUGUGACCCCCCAGGCUAUUUAUCUCUUCUUGAAGCGAAAUAAUGUGGAGCCCAGUCCCUUGCCUGGCAGCAACCAUCCUCUCCCUCCCAGGGACCAAAACAGCCGUCGGCUGGCACUCAGUAGGGCUGGUUGGGAGGAUGAACAGCUCUGGGACUUGUUGCAGGAAGGUGAGGUGGAACCAAAAGAGUCCUUGGAAGGCCAGCCAGUUGGCCCUCGGGGAGAGCCUGGAGUGGAUCAGAACUGGGAUGGCAAAGAGGGCAUUAAGAUCAUCAACGUGGCAUCUCUGUGUCAGGACGGUGGAGCUCAUCCCAAAGAUUCUUGUUCUGAUGAUGCUGGUAUUGGACUAGGAGCUCCUGGUCCAGGGAGCCAGCCGGCUUCCCCUCAUCCAUUGAGUCGGGGGCGGAGCUCUGCCCUCAUUGUCAAGAAGAAGAUUGUGGACAGAGCCAUCUUCCUCCACAAGAAAGCCACUAUCCAGAGCAUGCAGAGGGGCACUAGCUCCUCUUCUCUCCCUCUCCUAGUAGGAGUACAAUCUCCUGGGCCCAACCCUGGCCUUCCAAAUCUUAAGGACUCCAGCCCACAUGUUCAGGAUAUGAGCACCCAGACCCGUCUGCCCUGGGCCGGUGCCCAGGGCCUGGCUGAGAAGCUGGACGCAGUGCAGGGGGCUGUUGAGCAGGUUUUGCAGGUGCUCCAAGUGCUGAUCAAUCAGCAGAGCCGGCUAGAACGGCAACAGGAGCAGCAGCAGCGCUGGCAGCAGCAAGUGCUGGGGACUCUGCAGCAGCUCAAGGGGCCUGCCUGGAGUCAGGGCCCUGGGAUCAGGGAAAGCCAGGAUUUUGGGAACCCUGGGAUUCUUGAGGGACCUAAUUUCCACCAAUUUAAGGUGGAACUUCUUUGACCCAAUACCCUUAUAUAGGUGUGGCAUUCCUUUAGCUUUGAGGAAGAAGGAAUUUGUGUCCUGCUACUGUCUCAGCUGAAGACAGCCUUCACUGAAGUGGGGUUUGGGCAGGAAACACUUCCCUCCUUCCCCCAGCCCUUAUGUCUUUGUGCACCACACAAGCUAUAUAGCCCCCACAUCCUUUUCCUGUGUCAGCACCUUCCCCAGCAAGUUCUGCCUGGCUUCAUCAGGGUCUAUGGAGGGUGAUGGGAGUGGGGGUGGUUUCAUUAUAAAUAAGCCUGGGAUUUGGGAGUAGAUGACCCUUUAUGACUUUUUUUCUUCCCUGGGGCUUAAACUCUGAGUUUCUUUUAUCUUCAUAUGCUGUUCUAGAGGAGUGAAGGACUCGGUGUUUCUUCAAGAUAGGGGAUGGUUCAUGUGUUUUUCUGGUGACUACUAAGCACAUUCCAAGGCUUAGAGCACAGUGUGGGGCCAGGAUUAAGAACAUAGUUGGUGGUUGGGGAACAGUAGCUAUAUGAUACUAAGACCAGCAAGGAUCAUUGAAAGGGAGAAAUGUCAGGCUAUUCCAUCAGGCAUUGACAGUUUUCAUGUGACAUAAAUAUAUUCUGUCUUGGACAAGUUUAAUGGGUAAGUAGGAUCUCAUUCUAGACUUCUGCCUCCCUGAAGAGAUUGUUAUUUUUGGUUGGAAGAGGGGCAGACAGCUGGCUUUUAUGCACAUAAAACAGUCUGCCAAGCAGCCUAGACAGGAAUAGGGUCCAGUAAGACUCAGGAAGUGCUUUGCUGUCGUAAUGCAUUUAUCGUCAUUAUGAAAGUAGAAACUAGGAGACAAAAAGACAGUGUAGUCUCCCCAGGUUUUCAACUCUGGAAACCAUAUCUAUGUCAUUAAAUAGUUAAGUGAGCACA